GUCUUGUCGUCAUUUACCUUCACCUGCAGCUGGAUUUGACAGUCUCUGCUGAAUCUCACCACCUGGGGGGACUGCGACUCCUAAGCAGUGACUACCUGCAUAACAACAUACCUCAGCUUCUUCACAGGCCCUGCUUCCAACCUCAAAAAGAACAGCUACAUUUAUAGAAGCUCAGCUCUCUACAAACCAUACCUUCUUGUCAACAUAGAUUUCCCCCUCUAUUCUUUUUGAUAUCGAAUAUUUUUAAAAUCUAUAUAUCACAAUAUACACAACAGCAACAAUGGCUAAAAAACCGAUCUUCGUGGCUACGCACCCCCGAGCCUGCUCCACGGCAUUCGAAAGGGUUUUCAUGACCCGCCGUGAUACGCUGAGGUGCGUGCACGAGCCUUUUGGCGAUGCAUUCUAUUAUGGCCCAGAAAGGCUAGGCAGAAGAUAUGAGGAUGACGAGGAGGCUAGAAUUGCUACUGGGUUUAGCAAUUCCACCUAUAAGACAAUAUUUGAGCGUUUAGAUAGAGAAGCAUCUGAGGGUCCUCGUCCUUUCAUCAAGGACAUGGUUUACUAUCUUUUCCCGGAAGAUGGCAAACCUGCCAGCAUCGCUCCAUCCUUGCAGCAGGUCAAACGGGGCAUUGGAACCGAGGGUGCCGACGGCGUCAACGGCGCCCACUCAAGCAAUGGCGUCAGUUCUAACGGGGUCGCCCAUGAGCCUGGCAACCCAACUGUUGUUCCCAAGGAGCUUCUUUCAAAGUUCCAUUUUGCAUUCUUGAUCCGCGAUCCACACUACAGCAUCCCGUCAUACUACAGAUGCACCAUCCCGCCUUUGGAUAAAGUCACUGGUUUCUACGAAUUCUACGAAUCCGAAGCUGGAUAUGAAGAGGUUCGCAGGUUCUUCGAUUAUCUUCGAGGUGUCCAAAUGAUUGGGCCCCACCUCGCCAGUGGUAAGAAUGCCGCAAACGGCUCCGCCGUGAUGGACGGCAAUCACGGUGCUAGCGGUUCAAAUGCCCACGAAGGAGUUGAAAUCUGUGUUGUUGAUGCGGAUGACCUCCUCGAUAACCCAGCCGGUGUCAUCGAGAGAUUCUGCAUCAGCGUUGGAGAAGAAUUCACGCCUGAUAUGCUCAACUGGGAGAGCAAGGAGGACCAAGCCACUGCUAAAGAAGCGUUUGAGAAGUGGCCCGGGUUCCACGAGGAUGCCAUGCAUUCUACGUCCUUGAAGCCUAGACUCCAUAAGAAGAAGCUAAAAACCGAAGAGGAGUUCGACUGUGAAUGGCGCGAGAAGUAUGGUGAGAAGGGAGCGAAGAUUAUCAGAUCGGCCGUUAAUCGCUCGAUGUCGGAUUACUUGUACAUGAAGCAGUUUGCUAUGAAGGUUUGAGGCCUCAUAGGGCUGUUUUGGGUUUGAAUCAGAUUCCGGGUUUUGCUUCUAUUUUUUCGGGCUUCGAUCGUCGCUAACGAACUUGGGUGGGUUGGGAACAAGGACUGGAUAUGACGUUGAAUUUGAUAUACGGAUUUCACAGAACAAACAAGUAAUACAUGUCACACCUAUAGGUUGGCCAAAGGGUCUCGCUCCUUUUGAACUUGGGAAU